CUGACUCUCCGUGACCUCUCCAUCACCCCUCCGAAUCGCUACCCGUCUUGACUCUUCAACAAUCCGAACCCGGCGACAGUGGUUGUACCAAGGUUCUGAGGGAAUAUGGCGCAUCAGAACGGAGAGUAUGGGUACUCGAGAAACGAAGGCAGGCAUCUCUCUGCACUGCAAGUCGCGUUUGACCCUCGGAUUGCGGCCUCGGACAUGUUACCCAUACCCCUCCACACCCCUUUCUAUGCACGGGGCUCGCACGCGCGCAGACCUCAAGGGUAGAUUUGCGUUCGAUGUUCGCGUUGGGGAUAGGCCCGGGUGGUCGCAUCCGCAGUCUACCCAAGAGUCCGCAUGCUAUCAGGAGCCCCUCUUGUGCCCUCACCCUCGCCAUCUCGCGCCCGCCCGCCAUCUUGCUGGCCCCCUCGCCAGUCGCCUCACGCGCUCGCCAUCUCACUCUGCGCCUCCGCCAUCGACACUGCGUACACUGCGAAAGGCCGGGAAGUCUAAGAAGCUUGCGAACCUGAACCAAACCGACGAGGUGGCGACGUCGCUUGCAGUGUUCUCGCUCAACGAUGCCGACUACCCUCUCAGGCUUUCGCCGCGCUGUGUCUCUGCGCUCUACCGCGCCGCUCUCCCCUCCUUAGUCGACUUCUCUCACGCACAGCUUGACGAGCUAGUCGCGGACGCCCCGGUCCCCCUUGCGUGCGCCGUAUGCCGGGUCGAGCUUCAGUUCAACGCGUUUCUACGGCACCACGCGCUCGCAAUGCUCGAACGCAUGGACCCGGUCGUCUCUUCGUGCCACGCAGGGUGGAGUCUGCCAUCGAGGAGCGUCGCGCAGCUCUUGCCGAGCCUGCGGUUCCUCGAACUGCAUGUGAAGUGGCGGAUUGCUGGCGGCGUCCCGGACACGCCGUGCGAGGCGUGGUGCCCGUGCACGACGCCAAUCCGGAUCGGCGCGUGCGCCACCGCCGCCGCCAGCGGGAAGGGGAAGCGAAUGCACCUUGUCGUGGUCGCCGCGGACGACGUGCACGUCGGGCGCGACGCUGCGGGGGUACUCGAAGGGCUCGCGGUCGCAGACGUUGCCCGUGCAGAGGAUCUGCUGGAUCUUGCCGGGCACGAGGACCUUCUUGAACUUGGCGGGGAGGUUGUGCAGAACCCGCCAUACGCGCGCCACUCCCAGCGCAGCUCUAUGCACUACCUCAAGUCGAUGCGCUCCCUCCAGUCCCUCCGCCCGGCGCUUGCGGGCUAUGGACUCGGACGACUUCCCAGGCGACGCCUCCGCGCUGUGCAAUGGCACCGCCGACCUGAGCGACGACGACGCUCCUCCCAGAGGCGCGUGACGAACAGCUCGGACUGCGUUGACUGGGUUGCGCAGGAAGGCAAGGCGAACACGCUGCUAGCGGACCACCUCUUCUCGCCCUCGCCCCUCCUCGCAUAGCGCGAGUUCAUCCCGCUCGACGGCACGACCAGUAUGCGCAUCUUCCCAUGUCCACACGCACUCGUUCGCGCCAUGACGGGAUGCCCCAGUCGUCGAGCU